CGCGACUGUGAAAACGGGCUGUCCCGAGGUACCGAGGGAAGUCCAAGGGAAAUAUGUCGGACUAUCUGAGGUCCGCGCUCGGUUACCUGAACGGCGGCACCGCCGGCAACGAGUACGUCGGCCAGAUUUUGGAGAUCAACAAUGUGAGGCUGAGGGUAACACGACUGAUCGCUGAGGGUGGAUGGGCAUUGGUGUUUGCGGUAGAAGAUGUUGCGACGGGAAAAGAAUACGCGCUUAAGAGGCUUAUUGCCGUCGACGAGGAGGCGAACAAAGCUAUCAUACAGGAAAUAGAAACGCUGAAAAGACUGUCUGGUCACCCGAAUGUUAUCCAGUAUUUGUACGCGCAACGGCUGGAGCGAGAAAAUCACAAGGGUUACGAGUACCUGGUCGUCACCGAGCUAUGUCCAGGUGGUACCGUGGCCGAUAUACUCAGGAGCGUGUCCGCGAACACACUGACUCUUGCCCAGGUGUGCAAGAUUGCCUAUCAAGCGACCAGAGCGGUGCAUCAUAUGCACAGUCAGCAGCCGGAACCGUUCGUACAUCGGGAUAUUAAGUUAGAAAACUUCUUGCUCGGGAGGGACGGCCUUGUAAAACUCUGUGACUUCGGUAGCGCCUCGACCCAGCAGAUACUACCGAACCCGUCAUGGAAUGCUCAAAAACGCGCCACCCUGGAGGACCAGAUGGCCAAGUACACGACCCCUAUGUACCGCGCCCCAGAAAUGAUGGACACGUGGAACAAUGAACCAAUUGGGCCUCCGGUGGAUUGUUGGGCUCUAGGAUGUAUACUGUACUCUUUAAUCACACUGCGACAUCCUUUUCCAGAAGGUAACAAGUUAGCAAUUGUGAACGGCAAGUAUUCACCGUUACCGCCCAAUCCGCGAUACGCAUGUCUGCAUGAUUUGGUGAAAGGGUGCUUGCAAGUGUCGCCCAUCCAAAGGCUGACAACAGCGACGCUGUUAGAACGCUUGGCGGCGAUCGCCGAGUCGAACAACUUUGAUCCGAGAGAACCGUCGCGAAUUGAAGUCGCAGUUAAACCGUCACCACCACCACCACGUCCAACACCACCGCAGCCGACGAGUACACCAGCUCCACCGCCCCGUCCUAAUCCUCCAGUGGCGAUGCCACCUCCGCGACCGGUGCCCGUGCAGACGGCGGCGGUAUCCAAACUACCGCCGGCUCAAGGAACAGGCCUAUUCAACUCAAUCAAGGGCGGUGCCGGCAACAUUCUACGUAAUCUCAAGGAUACCUCCAGCAAAGUGAUGCACACCGUUCAGCAGAGUAUGGCCAGGACCGAGCUGGACGCGAGUUACCUCACGUCACGCAUACUCAUCAUGCCUUACCCAGCUGAUGGGAUCGAAUCCGCCUACCGAGCCAAUCAUGUGGAAGAUGUAAGAGCCUUCUUGCAAGCCAGACACCCGCCGCCGGCCAAGAUACAGCUGUACAACCUGUCGCGUGGUCGGCCAAACGUCUCGCGGCUUCCCGGCAAACACGUCGACUGCUCGUUCGCUUACGCCACUUCUGAAUCGAACGCCCCAAUGCUGUUCGCCUUGUACCAGAUCUGCCAAGAUAUCUAUCAGUAUCUGAACGCCGACUUCAAUCACGUGGUGGUGUUGUACUGCACCGAUGGAUACCGUGCGAGCGCUACGGUGGCGUGCACCUUGUUGAUUCAUUGCGGCGCCUUAGUCACCGCCGACGAGGCAAUUUCGCUCUUCACGACCAGACGUUGCCAGCCGCCACACUUGCAGCCGUCGGAGUUGCGUAGCAUCAACUAUAUGAGCCUAUUGAGUAACGGUACACGUCCGCACACCAAGCCGCUGAUCCUCCGCUCCAUCGUGAUACAGCCAGUGCCGCUGUUCACCAGGGCGAGGGACGGUUGCAGACCGUACAUCGAGAUUUACAGCAACGGCGCGUUAGUCUUCACGACGAAGAAGCCCAACUACGAAGAAAUGAAGCUGUUCGGAAUGAUGGAGGGCAAAGUCUGCCUGAUACUCAGUGACGCCGCUGUGCGCGGCGACGUCACUGUAGUGUUGUACCACGCCAGACAGCAGCUUGGUCGUGUGAUCGGCAUCAAGAUCGCUUCGCUGCACUUCCACACUGGCUACGUGCCCAUCACCGAGAGCGCCUUGACAUUCAAGAAGCGCGACUUGGACGAUGCGCCUGAUAUCGGCGGCAAAUUCUGCGUGGUGCUGAACGUCAUGAUAGGCGAAGAGAACUCGAAGCUGUCGAGGAUACCGGCACCGUGGGAGGCGGAGACGUGCGUCAAGCCUAUGCCAGAUCCGUUAUUCGGCUCAACGCUGGAAAUGGAGGAGACCCUGGAGAACUUCAGAACCACUUCUCGCCCGGAAGAGAGCCAAUGCACGCCGUCAGUAUUGUCGAACGAGACCGAUGCAGGGUCGCAACAUGAGGUACUUCAACAGACGGAGAACCGGAUGGAAGAAGAAGAGGAAGAGGAAGAAGAAGAAGAAGAAGAAGAAGCAGCAGCAGCAACAGCGAAGAACGAGGAAAAUAGCUUUCAGGAGGCCGAUUUGCUGAAUCUUGGCAUGCCAGACAACAUUAGCAGUAAUACCUCAAAUACUCCCACCGCAGCCGCGGCUAAUCCAGGAUUAGAUAUAUUCUCUAGUUCUAGUCAGAACGAAAAUGAUCUCUUAAGCGGCUUCGGCCUGCCGACGACGCAGAUCGAGACCGCCAACUCGAUACCUUUAAUCAAUAAUAGCUCCCACGGGGACUUACUGUUCGGGCACGACAACUCCGCGAAGAGCAACGUCGCUAACAACAGCAACCUGAACAUGAACGACUUCUUGUUCGGCCAACGUCAAACGUCCAACGUUAAAGAGGUGAAUGAUUUCCUCUUCGACCCGUUAGGCGGUAACUCUGCGAACAACCUCAUCGGUGGGCUCUCCGCGCCGGGCUCCAAGCCGAACAACAUGAAGAGUCCGAAUUCCGAGGAGAACUUCCCGCGAAACGCCAGCGUGCCGAACUUUGCCGCGCAGAGCAAAGAUCCUUUCGCGAAUCUUGCGGGAUCGCUAGGGGCCGGUUUGACAUCCAGCUGGAACGGCACGCCGAAAAAUUCGAACACACCGCAAUCGGCGAGCCCGGCGCCCGCGAGCACGCCUAUCCACUCUAGCCCGAAUAUGCACAAAUCCAACAUCUCCACCACCACCACCACUGCUACCACUAACAACGAUGCGGCCAACAACGCGGACGUGUUCGGCAACAAGACGACGAAGGAGAAAUCGAGCGGCGACGCGUUCGAGGAUCUACUCGGCAGUCAAGGAUACAACUUUUUCAGCUCGCGCAAGGCUGAGAAAGAUAGUCCGAAGACAAUAAAUCAGAUGCGUAAAGUGGAGGCGGCCAAGACGAUGGAUCCUGACCGGCUCAAGAUCGCGGAAUGGACCGAGGGCAAGAAGGGUAAUCUGCGCGCUCUGCUGUGCUCGUUGCACACGGUUCUGUGGCCGGAGGCUGACCGGUGGCAGCGUUGCGAGAUGCAUCAAUUGGUCACGGCGGCGGAUGUGAAGAAAGCAUAUAGAAGAGCCUGUUUAGCUGUGCAUCCGGAUAAGCAAGCGGGCACGGCGAACGAGAAUAUAGCAAAGUUGAUCUUCAUGGAGCUGAACAACGCGUGGAGCACGUUCGAGAACGACGCGUCGCAGCAAAAUCUAUUUAGCUAAUUUUAAUCCCCGUUAUCUGUUAUCGAGAACCUGUCUCUGUAAUUAAUUUAGUUCCUAGCGGAAUGGGAGCUAAGAACAGGAGAACAGCGGAUCGUGGGAGGAGGGGGGAUCUCGUUAUCUGUGAGAGAUAACCGCGUAACUGCAUUCCGACUACAUUAUUUUAGCUAUUAGAGAAAGAACGGAGAAAGUAUAAUCGUCAUGAACGACGACAAGAUGAAAGCAGCGCUUCGUGGAAGCAUCCUCCUUAUUGUUUCAACGCCUUGUAAACCUAGUUAAAAGAAACAAAGAAAACGCCCCCCAAUUAUGACAGUAUGGCGUAACAUAUAUGUAUAUAACUCAAAUGUAAAUUAAAAAAAGAAGAUCCCAAAUAUACGAAGAUAUUUUCCGGUCGAAA